CCAGAUGUCGAUCAUCGUCCGGAAGUAAAAUCUCCAUGGCCUGAGCAUGUUGAGAAGGUCGCCUUGAGCACAGUGUCCGUUUAAUUACAAGCCAAGCAUAUCAAGAUGGUUGGCAAACUGAAGCAGAACUUGCUGCUGGCGUGCCUGGUUAUUAGUUCUGUGACUGUGUUCUACUUGGGCCAGCACGCCAUGGAGUGCCAUCACCGCAUAGAGGAGCGUAGCCAGCCGGCCAGGGCCGAGAGCCCGCGGGCCACCCUGCGGACUGCCCUGGACGGCAAAGCCAAUAAAACCUUCGCCUACCACAAAGACAUGCCUUUGAUAUUUAUUGGGGGUGUGCCUCGAAGCGGGACGACACUCAUGCGGGCCAUGCUGGACGCGCACCCCGACAUCCGCUGUGGAGAGGAGACCAGGGUCAUCCCCCGGAUCCUGGCCCUCAAGCAGAUGUGGUCGAGGUCCAGUAAGGAGAAGAUCCGCCUGGAUGAGGCUGGCGUCACGGAUGACGUGCUGGAUUCCGCCAUGCAAGCCUUCCUGCUGGAAAUCAUCGUAAAGCACGGGGAGCCGGCCCCUUAUUUAUGUAACAAAGAUCCUUUCGCCCUGAAAUCCUUGACUUACCUGGCCAGGUUAUUCCCCAAUGCCAAAUUCCUCCUGAUGGUUCGAGACGGCCGGGCGUCGGUGCACUCGAUGAUUUCUCGAAAAGUCACCAUAGCUGGCUUCGACCUGAACAGCUACAGAGACUGUCUGACCAAAUGGAACCGGGCCAUCGAGACCAUGUACAACCAGUGUAUGGAGGUUGGUUAUAAGAAAUGCAUGUUAGUUCACUAUGAGCAGCUCGUCUUACAUCCCGAGCGGUGGAUGAGAACGCUCCUGAAGUUCCUUCACGUCCCGUGGAACCACUCAGUGUUGCACCACGAAGAGAUGAUCGGGAAGGCCGGCGGCGUGUCGCUGUCAAAAGUGGAGAGAUCCACAGACCAAGUCAUCAAGCCAGUCAACGUGGGUGCCCUCUCCAAGUGGGUGGGGAAGAUCCCGCCAGAUGUUUUACAAGACAUGGCAGUGAUUGCGCCCAUGCUGGCCAAACUGGGGUAUGACCCAUAUGCCAACCCUCCUAACUAUGGAAAACCAGAUCCCAAAAUCCUGGAAAACACCAGAAGGGUCUAUAAAGGAGAAUUUCAGCUACCUGACUUUCUUAAAGAGAAACCCCAGACCGAGCAAGUGGAGUAG